CUCUGUGUGUCCAGACUGAGAGCCUUGUCCAGUGGGCCAGAGUGCCUUUUGUCUGUUGAUAUGAUCAGAGGACUGGAGGAAGUGAAGGAGCUUGAGAGAGUUUUUCUGUCAACCUCUGUGUCUCCUCUUCCUGCCGCCGCCGCCGCUCUCAAGGAGACUUGAAGAGGGCUAUCUGUUUCCCUCUAUUCUGCUCUGCUCCAACAGGGCAGACCGCUCACCAUGAAGGGCACAGGGCAGAAUAGAGGAUGUCUGCAGAUGCAUUUGGAGCCGGGGGCAGCGAUGCCCAACAAACCCUGCAGUCCUUCUGGCCUCGUGUCAUGGAGGAAAUCAGGAACCUGACUGUGAAGGAUUUCCGCGUGCAAGAGUUGCCUCUUGCUCGAAUCAAGAAAAUCAUGAAGCUGGAUGAGGAUGUCAAGAUGAUCAGCGCAGAGGCCCCGGUCCUGUUUGCCAAGGCGGCUCAGAUCUUCAUCACGGAGCUCACCCUCAGAGCAUGGAUCCACACCGAGGACAAUAAGAGACGCACGCUACAGAGGAACGACAUUGCCAUGGCCAUAACAAAGUUUGACCAAUUUGACUUCCUGAUUGACAUUGUGCCCCGCGACGACCUGAAGCCACCUAAACGACAGGAGGAGAUGCGUCAGUCAGUAGCUCCAGCAGAGCCGGUGCAGUACUACUUCACUCUGGCCCAGCAGCCCGGAGCUGUACAGGUGCAGGGCACACAACAGGCCCAGCAGCCCGGUGCACAGACAGCCACGACCAUCCAGCCGGGACAGAUCAUCAUCGCACAGCCACAGCAAGGACAGAUGCUGCAAGGUGCCACCAUGCAGCAGUUACAGCAAGUGCAGGUGCAAUCACAGGGCACACCCAUCACGAGUGCACCCGUGGCCAUGCAGGUGAGUGAGGGCCAGCAGGUACAGAUUGUUCAAGCUGCGGCAGCCCAGGGUCAAGCCCAGACGGCUCAAGCACAAGGCCAGACCAUGCAGGUCAUGCAGCAGAUCAUCACCAACACAGGAGAGAUCCAGCAAAUCCCGGUGCAACUAAACACAGGCCAGCUACAGUACAUUCGUCUCGCCCAGCCCGUCUCUGGAGCGCAAGUGGUCCAAGGACAGAUUCAGACUCUCGCCAACACCCAGCAGAUCACACAGACAGAGGUACAGCAAGGACAGCAGCAGUUCAACCAGUUUACUGAUGGACAGCAGUUGUAUCAGAUUCAGCAGGUGACGAUGCCAGCAGGACAGGAACUGACCCAACCAAUGUUCAUUCAGUCUACCAACCAGACAGCUGACGCACAGGUCACGCAGGUCAGCACCGACUGAGCCCAGCCGGGAAGCUUUUCUCCACACACACACACAAAACAUGCAUACCAGCCCACGUGACACCGACAGAUGCCACCAACUUCGACAACGGAAGCUUGAUAACUUUGAUUUUAAGCACUGCUCACAUAGACAAGGGACCCGAAAUAUUGUAACUCUCUCUUCUUUUGUAAUAAAUUUAGUACACUGGAUAAGAAAACCAAAUGGACGCUGAUUGACUCUCUCAGUAUCUCAUGUUAAGUUACAUCCAUGCUUAGACAUUUUUUGUACUUUUGUCACCCACACCUGUAGUGAAAAUCUGCAUCACUGCCACAGUCCCUGACACCAGUCUCUCCACAAACCAACUCCAUUCUUCCUGUCUUUUUUAAACACAAAAAAAAUAUGUGUGUUACUCCUGGCGCCUUCCUUUCUGCUCUCCAUUUGGAAAUGAAUCAGGAAAGUGUCUGUCUCUGUCCACACGACCUGCUCCUGGUGUAUCUGUGUUUGAAGGUAGCCACCACAUUCUUCACCUCCCGCUUUUCUUCCUGGAAACCAUGAAUCAUACCCUGGUUAUUGUUUUUCAUGUAGUCGAGGGAUGAAAUGAAGCCAUAUACCUCAGAUAUCACUUUUUACAGCAAGUCAGUCUACGGGAACUCAAGAAGAGGUUAUAAGGAUUAACGCUAAUUUCAUCUAGUUUCUCUUUUGUGUCAUUUUCCACAUUGACGAUGAAGCGCGACUUUGUUGUAAGGGUUUCAAACUGUUGAGGUUAGCUGCGUGUGUGUGAGCUUGCAUUUCAAGCACCCACACCGCAGUCUUCUUUACUCUUCCAUUUUCAUCCUUUCCUCUCAUUCGCUCUUUCCUCAACCCUCUGUCUUUAGAGCAGGGAGCAUUUUCUCUGCCUCUAUGCAGUUUCACACAACCUUCCUACGCGGGUGGUUUUGGAGUCUUGUGCCCUGGUUUAUGUCUCAUGUACAAACACAUGACUCCGUCUGGAGCAAAAAAAAAACAUCCUUUUUAUAGAACUCUUUUUUUUUUUUUUCAAUGCAGUUGUUUUUCUCUUGUUUUCGAGAUGUUAGGCCUCAUACCUUCCCCAUCAUUUUUUAAUGUACAGUAAUGAUUAUUAUCAACGUUCUUAUUAUUGUUGUUUUUGCAUGUAGUUCAAACUGCCAGCAUGACAUGCAAUAGAUAGGUACAAUUUUAUUUUUGACGUUACUUUUUUGUAAACAAACUUUGUUUGUGAGAAAAAAUAAAAACCAUAACUUGU